AUGGUGUCUGUGGAGGAGAUUCGCAACGCUCAGCGUUCCAAAGGCCCGGCCACUAUCUUGGCUGUCGGCACAGCCACUCCUCCCAACUGUGUAACACAAGCUGAGUAUCCGGAUUAUUACUUCCGUAUCACCAACAGCGAGCACAUGACUGACCUCAAAGAGAAAUUCAAGCGCAUGUGUGAUAGAUCGAUGAUAAAAAAACGUUACAUGCACUUGACUGAGGAGUUUUUGAAAGAGAAUCCGAACAUGUGUGAAUACAUGGCACCAUCACUGGAUGCGAGACAGGAUAUUGUGGUGGUGGAAGUGCCGAAGCUUGGAAAAGAUGCGGCGAAGAAAGCCAUAGCUGAAUGGGGACAACCGAAAUCCAAAAUCACUCAUCUCGUUUUCUGCACUACGUCAGGUGUCGACAUGCCCGGAGCAGAUUACCAGCUGACGAAGCUCUUAGGUCUUAAACCGUCUGUGAAGCGGUUGAUGAUGUAUCAGCAAGGUUGCUUCGCCGGCGGGACGGUCCUCCGUUUAGCGAAGGAUCUUGCUGAGAAUAACAAGAAUGCUAGAGUUCUUGUUGUUUGCUCUGAAAUUACUGCCGUGACUUUCCGUGGUCCGUCAGAGACUCAUCUGGAUUCUCUCGUUGGACAGGCGCUCUUCGGUGACGGAGCCGCGGCGAUGAUUAUCGGCGCGGAUCCGGAUUUGACCGUGGAGCGUCCCAUCUUCGAGAUUGUUUCUGCUGCUCAGACGAUUCUUCCGGACUCCGACGGCGCCAUUGACGGACAUCUUCGUGAAGUAGGGCUCACUUUUCAUUUGCUGAAAGAUGUUCCUGGGAUUAUUUCAAAGAACAUUGAGAAGAGCUUGGUGGAAGCUUUUGAACCGAUUGGGAUUAAUGAUUGGAAUUCGAUUUUUUGGGUUGCGCAUCCGGGUGGACCGGCUAUUUUAGACCAGGUGGAGGAAAAACUCCGGUUGAAGGAAGAGAAACUCCGGUCUACUAGGCAUGUGUUAAGUGAGUACGGAAAUAUGUCUAGUGCGUGUGUUUUGUUUAUUUUGGAUGAAAUGAGGAAGAGGUCUAAGGAAGAAGGGAAGGUUACGACCGGUGAAGGGUUGGAGUGGGGGGUUUUGUUUGGGUUUGGACCGGGUUUGACGGUUGAGACCGUUGUUCUUCAUAGUGUGCCGGUUCAGGCUUGA